UCUUCACACGCUCAGAGCGACCCGAUGUCUGCAGGACAUGCUCGACCUCCGUCUCUCCCUGUUUCUGUGCUGAUCCAAAUCAUCCUCACUCUCGCAUAGAUGCAUCAUUGGUCCUCCUGACGAAAAGCAGCGUCUCUAUGACAAACGCCAGCGGCCUCCAGCAGCAGAUGUGGCGGAAGAAACUAAAAGCUGUCGCUUAGCAACACGUCAGACUGUGCCUGCAGAGGCUUGGCCUUAGCUUAGAUCUCAAGAAGUUGUGAACUUUUAAAAUCAUUUUUUUAACGCUUUCUUCAUAGUUCGUUCUCUCUUUUGUCACUUGUUUAUUUCUAAAAUCAGUGAACUUUGUGAAGUGUGCCAAGAGACUCUAAAGGGAAAUCUUAUAUUUGUUCAGUUAGUUCCCUUUUAGAGUUCAAAGAGGGUCCUUUCUUCUCUCUCUUUGGUUGCCCUUUUUCACCCCUCCCACCCCCCUGCUGAGGAGUGUCCGAUUGUCCGAUCACCAUGUGGGAGUUCCGGUCCAUGCUGUUUUGGCGGGCGGUCUUCGCCGAGUUCUACGGCACCAUGUUCUUCGUGUUCUUCGGGAUGGGCGCGGCCCUCCGCUGGACGACCGCCCCUCACAACGUCCUGUACGUGGCCUUCUGCUUCGGGCUGGCGGCCGCCACGCUCAUCCAGUCCAUAGGCCACAUCAGCGGCGGCCACAUCAACCCGGCCGUCACCUUCGCCUACCUGAUCGGCUCGCAGAUGUCCCUGUUCCGCGCCGUCUUCUACAUCGCGGCGCAGAUGCUGGGCGCCCUGGCCGGGGCCGCUGUGCUCUACGGGGUCACGCCGAACAACAUGCGGGGAACCAUGGGCCUUAAUACGGUGCAGCCUGGGAUCAGCCAGGGAAUGGCCACCACCAUGGAGAUCUUCCUCACCCUGCAGCUCGUCGUCUGCAUCUUCGCCGUGACGGAUGAGAGGCGCAACGGGCGCAUGGGCUCCGCCGCCCUCUCCAUCGGGUUCUCCGUCAUGCUGGGUCACCUGCUUGGGAUGUACUACACUGGAGCCGGAAUGAAUCCCGCCAGAUCAUUCGCUCCCGCCGUGCUCGUUAGAAACUUUGUCAACCACUGGGUCUACUGGGUGGGGCCCAUGAUUGGAGGAGCCAUGGGGGCGUUGCUGUAUGACUUCAUGCUGUUCCCGCGCAUGCGCGGUCUGUCCGAGAGACUGGCCACCCUGAAGGGGAGCCGCCCCCCUGAGAGAGAGAACCAGCAGGACACCCGGGGCGAGCCAUCCGAGCUCAAGACCCAGGCCCUGUAACCUCACACUGCCACGCCCGACCCUGCACACGAGACACCCGCACACACGCACGCACACACACACACACACACACAUACACUCAUGUGCGUGCACACGCACAGCCACUGAAACUGUGCCAUGUCCUCACCGAACAUACUGAAAUAGGAGCAACAGGCACUCGAGAAUCACUCUACCACCCUCCCACCCCCACACCCCUCGCUCCCGCUCCACCCCUGGGACCACAGGACAGAAAUGAGAGCUGGAAGAGGAAGUGCACCUGGGGAAAGGAAGAGGGGGGGCGGGGAGGGGAGGGGCUGGGCGGGUGCUGACUGCUCAGGACCGGGGGCAUCUCUCUCUGCUGUGGUCUUUUUCAGGAGUGAGCUCUGGACUUCAGACUUUUGAAUGCUACUCAUCUUCAAACCCUUCUGAUCUUGAGCUUUUUUUUUCCUGUGUUGUUUCUGCAUUUUCAGCACGUGCACGUGUGACGCCAUUCAAAUUUACCAGGGUUUAUGCUAUUUUAUUUUAUUUUUAUUUUCGGUGUGUGUGAGUGUGUGUGUUUACUGGUUUUAUUUCUGCUUUUUCACUACUGCUCACCAGUGUUUGUAUCAUGCUGAUGUUGCUUAUGUUUUAUUUAUUUUUUAUUUAUUAAUGUAUUUAAAUACCUCUCCCCAUACAGUGUAUUCACUGUAAUUUUAGUCAACUUUAGACUUUUUUUCCAGUGGAAAUCCUCCCUUCCACUGAUUUUCCCUGCAAAGAUACAAUGGAGAAACUAAUGCUACAUUCCAGCCUGGCCCCUGUGUAACUCGGACUAAAAGUCUCAUUUUUGAGGACCAGUAAUCAAUUCCCACGCCAUUUAAAUGAGAAAUAAACACAAACAACACAACAGUAAACUGUCUUUUCUUACCUGAAAGCUAUUUAAACUUUUUAAUUUUUUCCCCUGAUAUUUAUUUUAUACGUAUGUAUACAUACAAUGUAUGAAUGCAUGUGUGUGUAUAUGCCUAUGUGUGGUGUACACGUACCCCACACGCAUGUGUAUGCACGCACAUAUAUAGACACGCAUCAAUGAUUUCUGCAUAUACACACUUGAAGUUGAUUUUUCAUUUUGUUUAUUGAUUUAUUGAUAUGAAACUUAAAGCAGAGCUUUAGAUUUUAUUGUUACACUUACUUUGAAAAUGAUAAGUAAAGUGCCAAAGACAUACUGGUCUUUACCUGUAUUGAGCCAAAAGACAGACAUAUUUUCAAAUGCUUAGUAUUAAUAAGUGAAUACAGUCUUUUUUAUUUUGGCCUUGCAGCAUGUGUGACUUGCAGGGCCUAAUGUUUCCCUGUGAGAUCGGCUGAGUGGGUUUACAUUUCCAUUUUCCUGCAGAUGCAGAGAUGAAAGUUCUGUUGAUACAGGAAAUUAUGUUUUGAUAGAUUCAUUAUCUUCAUGACUUAGAGAUGGCGCUAGUUCACACUUCUCUUAUGGCAGCAGGAAAUGGAUUUUUAAAAAUCCAGCAGAAUGGACUGGUUGGGUGGCCUGCUUGGUGGGCGGUUAGCUAAUCUGUUGAGAUGGCCUAUAUAAUUUUAUUCACAUCCGCACAAAAGAAGUCCAUCAGUGUAGCGUGUCAAAUUACUUCCUGGUACCUUUAUGAGAUAAAAACGGGAAGAAAGCGUUGAAGCUUAUUCAGUUCAGGAAAUAUUUUGUGUUUGAAUGUGUGUGUGUGUGUGUGUGUGUGGGUGUGCGAGUGAGAGAGAAAGAGAGGAGAUGGUGAGACAGUGGGAGAGAGAGAGAAUUCAUGUGUGAAUGUGGGAAAGAUGGAGGGUGUAUGAAGUGUGUGUGUGUGAGAGAAAGAGAGAGAGAAAGAGAGAGAGAGAGAGAGAGAAACAGAGACCUGUGCGUGUCGCAGUGUGUGCAUUUUUUAUUGAUUCUGCGCAGAUAUACAAAUCUUUAAUCAUCUGGAUGACUUCUCUUUGCCCGAAGAUGCGCUUUCCCGGCUAAUCUGAGCAGCCUGUCCCACCAAAGGCUAGUUUAACGAAAUGUGACUGUUCCAAGUUCGUCUACGUCAUUUAAAUUAUUUUUUACCUAGUAUUCAAAAAUGUUUAAGAUCGAAAGUUGUAAAAAUAAGUAACUUCCAUGGUUCAUGAUGUGGAAGAGUUUGGAUUAAAACAGUCGCUUGUUCA